CUCAGGCUCCUGAUUUGUGGGCAAUGUUGGGGAGGUAGAAAAAACGGAGCGGAGCGGAGCGAGAGAGAGCGCGGAGAGACAGGACACAACACUCACUGGAGCUAUGGAGACACUGGCUUUUCCUCGGAGCUUUCUUUGACAGGUGCCGAGUGGGCUCAGAUAAAGUGUCACAACAGCCUCCAAGAUGUACGGCAAGGGCAAAGGAGCCGUGGUCCCCUCCGACAGCCAAGCGCGAGAAAAGUUGGCGUUAUAUGUAUACGAGUACCUGCUACAUGUGGGAGCCCAGAAGUCCGCACAGACCUUCCUAUCCGAGAUCCGAUGGGAGAAGAACAUCACAUUAGGAGAGCCACCCGGAUUCCUCCAUUCAUGGUGGUGUGUAUUCUGGGAUUUGUAUUGCGCGGCGCCGGACCGGAGAGAAACGUGUGAGCACUCCAGCGAGGCCAAAGCCUUCCAUGACUAUAGCGCAGCAGCGGCCCCCAGCCCCGUCAUGGGAAACAUGCCUCCCAACGACGCCAUGCCCGGUGGUCCCAUGCCCCCAGGCUUCUUCCAGGGACCACCCGGCUCUCAGCAGUCACCCCACGCACAGCCCCCCCCUCACAACCCCAGCAACCCCAUGAUGGGACCCCACGGCCAGCCGUUCAUGUCGCCGCGGUAUCCGGGCGGACCACGCCCCUCACUCCGAAUGCCAAAUCAGCCUCCUGGGGGAAUCCCUGGAUCUCAGCCUCUGCUGCCAAACAGUUUGGACCCAACACGACCACAAGGACAUCCCAACAUGGGAGGCCCCAUGAGGAUGAACCCUCCCCGGGGAAUGGCUAUGGGCCCACAGAACUAUGGAGGCAUGAGGCCUCCUCCAAACUCCAUGGGGGGUCCGAUGCCUGGCAUGAACAUGGGCCCCGGAGGCAGAGGGCCGUGGCCUGGUCCAGGACCUAAUGCUAACUCUAUAGCAUACUCGUCCUCAUCUCCAGGGAACUAUGUGGGUCCUCCAGGGGGCGGCGGUCCACCAGGCACUCCCAUCAUGCCCAGCCCAGGUGACUCUACAAACUCCAGUGAAAACAUCUACACAAUGAUGAACCCCAUUGGUCCUGGAGGCAACAGACCGAAUUUCCCGAUGGGGCCAGGACCUGACGGGCCAAUGGGGGCUAUGGGGUCCAUGGAGCCGCAUCAUAUGAACGGAUCACUAGGGUCUGGGGACAUGGAUGGGUUGCCAAAGAGUUCUCCCAACAACAUGGGGGGCAUGAACAACCCUCCGGGGACGCCGCGGGACGACGGCGAGAUGGGCGGGAACUUCUUGAACCCAUUCCAAAGUGAAAGUUAUUCACCCAACAUGACGAUGAGUGUGUGAUUUAAUUUUCCCCUACUUUUUGUAUUUUUUCUUUUUGUUCUUUUUUUGUUUUUCUUUCAAUUUUUGUACCUUGGCACCUGUUUUUUUUCUCCACCCGGAAUCGGACCACCGCAACCUGUCCUCUCCUCUUCUUCACCCACACACGCGUCGCUCGCCGGGGAUCCGACCCUCGCGCCGUCCGCCCGUCCACCGCCCCACCCCCCCCUUCUCCCCUCCUCACUCGGGACCUCUAUGGCCUAGCAGAAGCCGCCCUCGUCCGGAACAGCCCCCCAGCAUGAAAGGACUCUCAAAAUGGCCGCCGGCUCGGAUGAAAAGCGAACCCAGGGCGGCAUGAGGAAUACACUGCCGAACUCUAGCUCUGGGUUGGCUGAUCUGCUACUGGGGCAGUGAGGGGAGAGGGGAGGAAGAGGAGACUCGGAUAAAGCAGCCCUCUGGAAUUCCAAAACACUUAAAGAUUUGAUUCCCGGCGGAUUCGGGUCGGACGGAAAGAGCGCAACGUUAUCGUCUUUCUAUGUACAUUUUAGCAGAGGUGUUGUGAUAAUCCGUGAUUUUUUUUUUUUUUUUUUUUUUUCAUUUUGUGUAUGUAAUGUAUCAUUGCUAUUUUUAUUAUUGUUAUUAAUGAUAUUGGUAUGAUCAUUUUAAAAGUUAGGUUCUAAUCUGUUAUAAUUUUUCUAAAGGCACAUCACUCACAAGAAGACCGCAGUGUGCUGGCAUGGUCAGUCGUACUUUUUUGGUGAAAUAUUUCGGAAUUUGACAUUUGUGAAUUCAAAAUCUAAAAUUAGGAGCGCUUUGAUUUUCUGACUGGAUAGUGAAAUUACAACCGGUUUUGUAAAGACAAGCUAGUCCCUUACUACCAUAUUUUUCGGAUUAUAAGUCACUCCGGAGUAUUAGUCGCACCAGCCAAAAAAUGCGUAUAUUUAUAAAAUCAGAGACCUGAGGCAAGUUCUAGUAAUAACAAUACAACAGAGAGCAACAGGCUGUUAACGUCACAUAUGAACAGUUCUUCAGAUAAACUAUAACAUAAACAACAGAACAGAACAAGUUUACCAAACUCUCCAUCUCACUCCAAAUCACUAAAUCCACUGAAUUCUUCAUCCUCGGUGUCACUUCUCAGCAACUCCAUGACCUCUGAAGGUAAACAGAGCACCACUUCCUCUUCUGUGUAGCUGUCGUCAGACUCAGCAUCAGUUCCAGUUAGAAUUAUUUACUUUCUGAAGUUUGUCGCUCACUCCAAACUUUCUUUCUGUUCCUCGAUUAUCGUUUUCGGCUGCAUAUUUCGCUACUUGUAAUCUGCAAAAUAUGAUUUUAUUUUUGGGGCGUUUGUGUUUAGUUUUAUCAAUUGUCUUUAUAAGUUUGUUUAAAUUUAAAAUUUUCAGUGGUC